UUUUUCUUCUUUGAACUUUCGUCGCGUGCAGCUUCUCACGAUCCGAUCUAAUUGGUCGGCACCUGCUUCUAUUCAUUUACUCAUAUUUACCUUCUCCUCUCGUUGUUUGUUCUCCUUGCCCAAAAACAACCAUUUUUGCUUCAAUUCAGCCUUGCAGCACCUUGGAAUUAUAGCAAGAUGGCCAAGGAACGAGCUGAGAAGCUCCACAAGAAGGCUGAAAAGCCCGAGAAGAAGGUCUCCAAGGACAAGGUGAAGAAGCAGAAGAAGGAAAAGAAGUCGAAGCGUGCAGAGACGCCCGAGGACUCCAACAAUGAGCCUAGCAAGCUAGAAGACACCCCGGCAGCAGCUGAGGAACCUUCGGCCGAGUCCGUGCCAGAGGUCAAGCCUAAGAAGGAAAAGAAGCGAUCAGACGAGAAAGCCGAGAAGUCCAAGAAGAAGGAAAAGAAGUCCAAGAAGGCCGCCCUCGAGGAAGCAGUAGCCGAUAGCGCAUCCAACAGCACCGAACUCCCCGUGCGCCCCAUCUCCAAAGACUCCGAUCCCGAUUCCUCAGACAACGACAACAACGGCCCAGCUCUCUUCACAAUCGACACGAAGCCCACGCCCAUCGACCCGAGCUCCAUCCCCCAAAAAGCCGUCGACGCAGCAGACGAAGACGACGAGAUGGCCCUCUCGGACGGCGAAUCCAAGGGCCCGAGCAAGAUGAAGCCGCCGACGGGUCUGAACCGCCAAGCGCGCCGCCGCAUCCGCAUGAUCGAGCAGCAGCGCGAGAAGAUCGCCAAGGAGCUCGGCGCGGACGCGGGCCCGGACGAGGUCCAGGCCAAGCUGGACAGGUGGGUCGAGGACUACGACGGCAAGGAGGCCGCGCGCAUCCGCAACAAGAAGGGCAAGCUGCUGACUGGACGCCGUCUUAAGGAGCGCAAGAAGGUGCUUGAUAAGAUGGAUAAGAAGGCUUCUAAGAGACAGGGCCUGUCUGCGCAGAAUGCGGCGUGAUUAUCUCUACUUGAGGUUUCCUUACUAACAGGUACCUACCUACCUACGGCCGUGGCAUUCCAUUCUUCCCGGAUCGGUUCUGAGGCGUUGGGCGUGGAAUGUUAAAAGCUUGUUUUGCUUGCUCGUCUGUGCAUGUUUACGCUUUCUACAGUAUGGUACCUUUUUUUUCAAGGCCAUUAGGAACGUAUGAAUUACAUUGCUAGAUAACGAUGGUUCGUUUAUGACUUCUC